CUGGCUCCUGCCACACCGAGCCUCCAUACAUCCUGCCUACGGUGCUAUAGGGGCCGGUCCCACUGCCUCCUGCUUGCACAUAGUGAGGGGCCGCGGCAUGCGCCACACGUACGUGAAGAAGGCAGGACAGCCACAACGGGCGCAGCGGAGGGAGGCGAUGCUGGACCUUGUUAUUCUGAGCCUCCACUUCUUCAUCUGCUUUCUCAUCUUCAUUGCGAUCUGGCAUGGACGUGAGGAUGUGGAUUUGCGCAGCUCAAGUACAGAAACAGCUGAAGAGGAGCCAGGUGGUCUGAUAUUAAUUGGCAAAGAAGAUGACAUAAAGAGGUCUGGGAGAGUAACAGCCAAAGCCAAUGGCAGAGAAGUUGUUGUUUUCUACCAUGAAGGGAAAUUUCAUGCUAUGGACUCUCGCUGCUACCAUGCAGGAGGCCCUUUAUGUCUUGGAGAAAUAGAGGAUAUCAAUGGUCAAGCAUGUGUUACCUGUCCUUGGCAUAAGUAUAAAAUCAAUUUGGAAACAGGAGAAGGAUUAUACAAAGCAAGAAACCGUUUGGAGCCAUCACCAACACCACAGUGGGAAUCAGCAGGAGUCAAACAAAGGAUUCAUAAAGUCACAACAGGCAACGGAAACGUCUAUGUGAGCCCUCCAGAUUUGUCUCUAAGAUUUGACUCUGAUUAUUUUGUUGACAAGUACGAAAAUGAUGGUGAUUUAUCUAUGGAAAAACAAAGCAACCCAGAAGCAGCAGAGCAAGAUGUGGCCAGGAAGCAGAAUCCUGGUGAAUGCACCAGCGAAGAGCUAUUGUUGUGAAAUAAACAUGUACUGUGGCCGUAAAGAUUGUCUCCAGAUCAAACGCUAGCGUUAAUGUUAUGCUAAAGCAGUGGAACACAUAGGACUGAGUAAGAUAAGAUGCUCUGCUCUAUGUUGUCAGAAAUGUGACUGAUCUUGUGCCAAUGAUUUUUUCUUUUGCACUCACAUUUUUAAAAGACUUAUUUAGAGCAGAGUGCUUCAUAAUAUUUGAUAUUUUAGAAAUCCUGUUUUUCUAGAAGUCUUUUAAUUUUUAGGAGGGGAUGUAGUAAUGUUACUGCUUACAAAACACGGCAUUUAAGGUAGAUAGUCAGGUUACAUAAAGGUUAUGUUAAUGUACGUAACAGUUUAUACUUACAAUGUCUUCGGUAUAAAUGACAUGGAAAUUUUUAACUUUUUAGAUAUGUGAGCAAUAUCCAGAUGUUUAUUAAGUGCCACAAAGAGAAAUACAAAACUUAAGCAUAUUUUAGUGACCUCCUUUACGCCUAUUUGCCUGUUACUGACGGGACUCCAUAGAAGUAUUUAUUUUCCUCCUCCUCAUUGAACUCCCUUUGGCAGCUCAUCCAAGAAUGUGACAAGCAUUUGCCAUGUACAGCUUGUUCCUCCUGAUUCUGUUGGAUAAGAAAGAAGCUGUUGUGUAUAAAAACGCGAUACAUAACGC